AUGGAUAAUGAUAGUUAUGUGGGUAAAGAUAUUAAUAUGUCAUUAGAAGAUGAAGAUAAAAAAGAUGAAGGAAACAUAACUGGUCAAGAACAAAUAGAAGCGAUUCAUUGUAAAAUUUUGGAUGAAAUGAUACCAAAAGUUGGAAUAGAAUUUAAAAGUGAAGAUGAAGCUUAUAACUUUUAUAAUGCUUAUGCUUACAAGGUUGGUUCUGGCAUUCGAAGGGGUAAGGGACAUAAAGAUCAAAGUGGAAAGAUGAAAAAUAGAACUUUUUGUUGUUGUUGUGAAGGCUUUCCGGAAAAGGAUAAACGAAAUAUUAAUGUUAAAUCUCAUCAUGCUAAAACAAGAUUUGGUUGUUUAGCUAGAAUGAAAAUAAAUUUGGAUCAGACUGGUAAAUAUUGUAUUACCGAUUUCAUUGCCCAACAUACACAUGUGACAUCAACUCCUAGUAAAAGUCAUUUGCAUAGGUCUCAGAGAAAGUUAAUUUUUGUCCAAGCAGCUGAAAUAGAUAUAGGUGAUAGUUCAGGAACUGCUCCUAAAGCAAGUUUGGAGUUAAUGGCUAAGCAAGUAGGUGGAUAUGAAAAUCUUGGAUUUAUUUGUGAUGAUUACAAGAAUUACUUGAAAACGAAAAAAACAAUUCAAAUGAAGGUAGGAGAGAUAGGUGGUGUUUUGGAAUACUUACAAUCUAUGCAAUUGGAAGAUCCUUACUUUUUUUAUGCAAUACAAGUGGAUCAAGAUGAUUUAAUAAGGGUGAACCACCAUAAGCAAACUACUAUAUUUGGAGCUGCAUUAUUAUACGAUGAAAAUGUUGAAACAUUUAUCUGGUUGUUUGAUACUUUUGUAAAAGCAAUGUCAGCAAAACAUCUUAGUGGAGUUUUUGUCAAAUUUCGAGAGUUUACCAAAGAUUUUAGUAGCUGCAUAUAUGAUUAUGAAGAAGAACAAGAAUUUUUUCUAGCUUGGAAUGCAAUGCUUAAGAAAUAUGAUCUUAAAGAUAAUGAUUGGCUUAUACGAAUGUUUGAUUUGAGAAAGAAAUGGGCAUUAGUUUAUGGCAGAGAGACUUUUUGUGCAGAUAUGACUACUACUCAACGGAGUGAGAGUAUGAAUAAUGUGAGUAAAAAUUAUGUCAGCUAUCAACAUAAUUUAUUAAGGUUCUUUGAGCAUUUUCAGAGGUUAAUUGAAGAUCAUCGUUAUGAAGAACUAAAGGCUGAUUUCAAAGUGACUCAAAGUACUCCAUCGUUAUCAUUUCCAGUUGAAAUUCUAAAAGAUGCAGCAAGUAUUUACACCCCAACAGUAUUCAAGGUGUUCCAAGAUGAGCUAUGUAAGGCUUAUGAUUGUGCUAUGCAAAUAUUUGAUCAUAUUGGGAUAGUGACGGAGUACAAACUUACCAAUCAUAAAAAACAAUUUCAGCAUAAUGUUAGAUAUGAUUUUUCUGAUAACACAGUGAUUUGCAGUUGUAGAAAGUUUGAGUUUACAGGAAUUUUGUGCUCCCAUGCUCUUAAAGUUAUUUCUUCAAAGGAUACAAAGAAAAUUCUUAUACAAUAUAUAUUGAAACGAUGGACAAAAUCUGCAAAGUUAGGAAAUUCUGAAUUUGUAUUUGCAAAUACAAUAAAUGAAGACCCUAAAGUAAGUUUGGCAAGACGUUAUAAGGAUUUGUGUAGAUUGCAAACUCAAGUGGCAACGAAGGCAACAGAAACAGAAGAAACAUAUAAAAUUGCAAGAACUGCUCUUGCUAAGAUUUUAGAAGAUGUGGAUGCAUAUUUAAAAGACAAUGAUAUUGGAAAAUCCAUUUCUAAAAUCAUAGAGGCUACAACCGUACCAAGUGCUAGUGAGAAGAUUAAAGGAAUAAAAAAUAAAAAAAGAGUACAUGGAAAAUCUACAAGGCCAAGAAAUGCUCUUGAAAGGGUGCGAAAGAAGAAAAAUGUUGCACUUGGAGAACCAUCUCAGCAACAAUCACAUUCUAGUGAAAUAGCACAUAAUGAUGUUUCUUCUAAUUUUAAUAGUCAAGAUCUAUUAAACUUGCCAUUCAACAUUGUGCAUGGAUACCAUGGUGAUCAACACUCUCUAUCUGCCUACAUUGCUGCUUGUCACCAAUAUUCUAUAGAACCAACCCGAGACAACGAACUUACUUUGGACGAGGUUACGGCACAGGCUGGUUCAUAUAAAACCAUCCAAGUUGAGACCAUGGCUGACUUGAAUGCUGUCCUGGAAUUAAAGGAUAUGAAGAAGUGUUUGGUUCAUGCAUUGCCAUUUAGAGAUCCUCACAAGCUGGGGCUUGAUGGGUUGGCUAGUCUUGGAUGGAAAACUUCCUACUCAAAAGUUGCUCCCUCCCCUAGCGGACCUCCCCAAAUGUUAGACAUUUGA